AGAAUGGCCGAGGGACGUGCCCGAGCUCGCGAGGAGGCGGAACGUGAACAGAGCCUGAGGGAAGCCCGUCUGGAGGCCAUUCGCAUGAAGGUGCGGCCGGUUGUCCCAGAUGAUCCCACGCGACUUCUAGCGUACACAGCCAAAAUCGAGACGAAAGAAGCGAACUUAUUAACUUGGCUGAAAAUGGGCCGCGUUGUCUUGCUGUGUGACGUGGAGGCAUGUGCCAGUCUAAGUGGUUUCGUUUGCUCUUCAUUUUAUCGUUUUGGCGUCUACGAAGUUGAACUUAUGCCCUGCCUGCGGAGUGCUGUCUAUGGACCUCGCGGCAGUCGACCACUCCUCCACACCAUUUGCUUGUGCCAACUGGGAUAUAAAGCUCCUACUAUGCAGAAAAUAUUCGUGGAUAUCAAAAAUCAACUGAAACCAGUGAAACGACUGCAUCCCCUUAUCGUAUUCCAUGUCAUAGUUACUCUCGUCGUCGAUUUCAACUCCGCGGCCGCAAAGAUUCUGGUCGGUUUCAGCAGUAAAGCGAACCUGAACAGAUUCAGUCCUAUACGCUUCAUUCGACAUUCUAUUAGCCAGAAUCUUGACCUGCCUCCCGCCUUCCAGGCACCACUAUCUUGA